GCCCUGCAGGGUCCCCAGCCCAGGAGAUGCUUCCUCCAGAGCUGCCCGUCGAUAGUGAUGGACCUACAAGUGACAGGGCCCUGCCUGUCUGUUCAGGAAUGGACUGACUACCGCCUGGCCUGGAACAGCUCUCGCUACGAGGGCGUGAACAUCCUGCGGAUCCCCGCAAGGCGCAUCUGGCUGCCUGACAUCGUGCUUUACAACAACGCCGACGGGACCUACGAGGUGUCCGUCUACACCAACGUGGUGGUGCGCUCCAACGGCAGCGUGCAGUGGCUGCCCCCUGCCAUCUACAAGAGUGCCUGCAAGAUCGAGGUGAAGCACUUUCCCUUCGACCAGCAGAACUGCACCCUCAAGUUCCGCUCCUGGACCUACGACCACACGGAGAUUGACAUGGUCCUUAUGUCACCCACGGCCAGCAUGGAUGACUUCACUCCUAGUGGUGAAUGGGAUAUCAUGGCCCUCCCUGGGAGAAGGACGGUGAACCCACAGGACCCCAGCUACGUGGACGUGACGUACGACUUCAUCAUCAAGCGCAAGCCGCUCUUCUACACCAUCAACCUCAUCGCCCCCUGCGUGCUCAUCACCUCGCUGGCCAUCCUUGUGUUCUACCUGCCGUCCGACUGCGGUGAGAAGAUGACGCUGUGCAUCUCCGUGCUGCUGGCGCUCACGGUCUUCCUGCUGCUCAUCUCCAAGAUCGUGCCACCCACCUCCCUCGACGUGCCGCUCAUCGGCAAGUACCUCAUGUUCACCAUGGUGCUGGUCACCUUCUCCAUCGUCACCAGCGUCUGCGUGCUCAACGUGCACCACCGCUCGCCCAGCACCCACACCAUGGCGCCCUGGGUCAAGCGCUGCUUCCUACACAAGCUGCCCUCCUUCCUCUACAUGAAGCGCCCGGGCCCCGCCAGCAGCCCGGCCAGGGCCCCCCAGCCCGGCCAGUCACGCCUGUUGAAGACUGAGGCCACCACCUCUGCUGCCUCUGCCGUGGGCCCUGCCAGCCCCUCCAGCCCGUGUGGGCACUCCAUGUACUGUGUGAGCUCUGGCUCUGCCGCUCCCAAGUCUCCCGCCCGCCCGGACUCCGGGGCUCUCCGGCUCAGGUCCUCGGGAAGGUUCCGGCAGGAUGUGCAGGAGGCCUUAGAGGGCGUCAGCUUCAUCGCGCAGCACAUGAAGAGUGACGAUCAAGACCAGAGUGUCGUUGAGGACUGGAAGUACGUGGCCAUGGUGGUCGACCGGCUGUUCCUGUGGGUCUUCGUGUUUGUGUGCAUCCUGGGCACUGUGGGGCUCUUCCUACCCCCCCUCUUCCAGACCCACACGCCUUCUGAGGGGCCCUCGCUUGUGGAGUGAGGCGCUGUGAGUGGCCAAGUGGGCAGCUUGCUUUCUUCUGGGUCAUGGCUGAUGAGGCUCUAGAUAAACAUGUGACCAUUGACCCU